GACGAAAGUAAUCAAAACAAAAAAAAAAUCAGUAACAGACUGUUUGUUACAAUUUUCGUUAGAAUUAGGUGUUCAAAAAGCGAAACUGUUUUAAACUGUGUAAAAAGUGCUUUACAAUAUUUAUAAUUUUCCUGCAUUGUUGCGUGCAGACUGCAUUAUGUCCCUGGCGCUCGAACAGCGCGAAGCCAUCGUCCAGGAAUGUGUAUCCGAGUUGAUAAAAGUGCUCACCGGAUUCGAUGAAUCCGAAGAAAACUUCACUCUGUGCCACCAGUUCGCACAGGCCACGAUCCGGAAUCACCGGUUCCUGUCGGUGAACAGUCAUGAGAUCCGCCGCAAAGCCGAUGGACUGAUGGAGAACCUCCGGAUUUCGAAUCUGGACCGGUUUGCCGAUCGGUUCCGCCAACUUUAUGAGGGUUUCAUUGGGGAUCCGGCUUGUGCCGAUCACUACGUGCACGACAUCCAGUGGUCAGUGCUGCUGUUCCUGAUGACGGUGGCUCACAAUCCGAUCGGAGCGCUGCGGGAACGGAUUAGGAGGGGUUCUCCGGUGCGGAUGAUUGAGGCUAGGGGGCUUGUGGAACCGGAACCGGUGCCGGAUGAUGAGCGGAGGGCUUUGGUGGAGGAGCUAAAGGCGGAUAACAUUCAAUGCUGGGAGGAUGAUUCGGAGCUUAGCGAAUGGUCGGACUCUGAGGAGGAGGAUGAAGGCAGCGAAGAGAUUCAGAACACAGUUCAACGCACAAAAUCAAAUGAAGUUCCGGCGGAAACAGCGAAGGAAAUCGUGGUCUACACAAGGGUUCUGUCGCCACAGCGAGACCUGGGUUACGAAAGCUUUGAUGGAUCAUCGUCGGAGCAGUGGUUGAAAGAACACGUCCAAUCGAAUUGGUGGAACGAUUCAAAAGCAAAAGCGGAAGUCAACAGUUCCCACGAGGGAGCAUCGUUUUGUGACUACUGGAACCAGACUAUUCUGAAGGCUUCACACAGUUUCAUUAAGCCGGAUCCAGUUUCAACCGUGUCGGAGUACUGUUUGAUACGAGAGAUUCUGUGGAUGUUCACGAACCCCACAAAUUGUAAAUUCUUUCGCAUUGACGAUGAUCAGAUUUGGAUUAAUCCAAAUGUUUCUUUGUCCAGCACCACAGAGCGAGGCCUUCAUACAUUCCUUAUAAACUUUACCCAGCAAAUGACUAUCGUAUACCGCUUGCGUAACUUCUGCCGUCGAGUGUCUGAGGCCACCAGCAAUCCAAUUCCGGCACCUUACAGCUUCGAGUGCUAUGCUUCCGGAAUCCGCGACUUCCUGGAACAUCUGGACUCGACCAUCGUUGAACUAGAGAAGCAAGCAGUGGCCCAACAGCCCGACCAAAUAAUUUCCAUCAUAACGCUGUUCCACGAUCUGGAACCGGAAUUCCGUCUGCUAACAAACCUCAACGACAUCCACCGGUUUUCUGUGCUCGAUUGGACCAAAUUCCCGGCACACAUCGCCGUGGCCCAUCUCCUGUCGGGACUGUUCCGAAGCGUCAAGCUCAGCGGCAGCCUUGAGAAGACGAACCUGGCCUUUGCGUUGCUCCUGUCCACUCUCAAAGGCUACAUGAACAUGAUCGAUGUCUGGUGGACCGAGGGCAGGCUGGACGAUUGGCGAGAGGAGUUUCUGGUGGAGCGGACGUACGCCGAGGAAGGAGGCCAGAUGACAGGCUACCAGGCUCGGCUCUUCUCCAAGUGUAAGAAACGGUCGUUCUACGUUAGCGCGGCCGUUUCCGAGGUUAUUGAGAACGAUGCCAUCAUUAGGCUGCUGAUGCACCACUCGCUGGAGGCCGGCUAUACGUUGAACAUCCUGAACGAUCUGGACAGGAUUAGCGAUUUGAGGAGCGGUCAGGAAUCUGAGGAACCGAUGGUGUACGUGGGCUUCCUGGAGGCGAUAGUGGAGGUACUGGAGGGGUUCAGAACGGUGGAGGAUGAAUCCGUGGAUGGCGAGCGCGUGCAGGAUCAACAACCCGACGUGCAAGCCAUCGAACGCAUGCUGAAGGACACGGCCGCGACUUCAAAGCUGCAAAACUUGCAGAACCAAAUCAAGGAGAUCUGCGAUGAUGAAGUGCUGAUGCUGGCAUUGGGCAGUUCCUUGCAGCUGGCCUGCAUCGACGACCAGGACGAUGACGAAUCGAAUCUUCCAACAGAAACCUCCGCAAACUGCCUAACCAAUGCCAACUCUCUGUACCGUCGACUGAACGCGAUCUCCGGCCAGUUGACGCUCCCUCUCGAACACGUGCUCUUCAGCGCCAUCAAGAAUCUCAUGGAAACGAAGCGGCAAGCGGCCAACCACUUCGUUACCACAAUCUACAAGGAAGAAUUCCUCGUUCUGAAUCAUCUGAAGAACAUACGGAAGGUGCUGCUCUUGGAGGCGAGUGAUCUCAUGUACUACUUCUACAGCGAUCUGUUCCGACGGAUCGAAGCCGGCGAUAAUUGGGCCAAUCCUUAUCUGUUGACCAUCCAGCUGAACGACAUCCUUGCGUCAAGAUUCACUGACAUGACGUCCCUGUUCACGAUUGAGAUCUUGUCGGACUACAAGUGCGACACGACCACGGUGCUGGAUGCGAUCGAUAAGGUCCGCAUUCUGUACAGCCCAAGUCAGGAUCUGAGCAACAUGAUCAACGAGCAAACGAUGAGCAGCUAUAACUGUGUGUUCCGAUUCCUGCUGAAGGUGAAAUGGGCUUUGCAUACGUUGGAAGCUUUGCGCUAUCCGGAAUGCUACAAGAAACGGCCCCCGUACGAGGAGCCAUGCGUCCUGGAUCUGAAUCUGAAGAGGCUGGCCAUGCUGAAGUUCUGGAUGAUCUUCACGGUGCAGUGCAUCCAUUCGCAUCUGAUGACACAUGUCCUGCAAUCGCUGGGAAUGCAGCUGGACGAAAGACUGGAAGCAGCCGAUAAUCUGAACGAUAUGAUCGCCGUCCAUCAGUCGUACAUCAGCACCAUCUAUGAGCAUUGCUUUCAGACGGACGAAAGCCAAGUGUUCCGCGAAGGUGUCAUCCGGUUGUUGAAUUUGGUGCACAUCGUUCGGGACGAGUGGAACAGCAAUGUUCUGUAUACGGAAAUGGAUGCCCGAGGGGACAUUGAAGAUAAUAGUAUGAUCGGGGAUUUCAUCAGCAAUGCGCAGGUUGGCAUGCUGGAGAAGACCUAUUGUAAGUGUCACCAUCAGCUGGCGGAGCAACUCAACAGGGACGUCUACACCAAGCAGAAAGUGCAUCUCACAGCCCUGGCGGACGCUCUGAGUUCCAACGUACCCUACUGAACGCGACAAUUCCAGGCUUUCACAUUCAAAUAACAAUAGCACAUUAUGUUUUCACCAAGUUUAUGCUGCUCAGCACACAAUUUUAUUGAAACAAAUCACCUUAGAAAUGCAAUUACCUCAUAGUC